CUUUAAUCGGAAGUGGCGGCMAUGAGAGGAGAUUACGUCGUUCUUUGGUUUAUAAAGAAAAUUUGAAUCAAGAUGGAGCUUCGUAACCGAAAAACAGACUCUGGAGGAAAUUCUGACAGUGAAGGGGAAUUUAGUGGCAAAUUGCUUGGGAAUCGUCCGAUUCCUAUAGUCGUUGCAACAGAAGAACAUGCGUUUGACUUGGACGAAGAAGCUCUUGCUAAGAUUUUACUCGAUGAUAAAAURAAGGAUAAGAAAGUCGCUGUCAUUUCCGUAGCUGGUGCUUUUAGGAAAGGCAAAUCGUUCCUUUUGGAUUUCUUCCUGCGUUAUUUAGAUCGCAAGGAUGUCCAUGAGGACUGGCUCGGUAAUGAGAGGGAAGCUCUGGAAGGGUUCUCAUGGAGAGGAGGAUCAGAAAGAGAUACCACAGGAAUAUUAUUGUGGAGUAAACCUUAUAUAUGUACUUUACCUAAUGGAGAAGAGGUGGUUGUUCUUCUGAUGGAUACUCAAGGCGCAUUCGAUAGUUCAUCUACUGUCAAAGACUGUGCUACUAUCUUUGCUCUUAGUACAAUGACAUGUUCUACUCAGGUGAGGACACAGUCCAUCUAAACAAUAAACAAUGUAAAUCAUGGUUCAUUGAAACAAGUUCAAUUGUUUACAGAAUAUGGUAAAUUGGCCAUGGAGAGCAAUGAUGUAAAGCCUUUCCAGAGUCUGCUGUUCUUAGUCAGAGAUUGGAGCUUUCCUUAUGAAGYUGACUAUGGCCAAAAAGGAGGUGAAGCUAUCCUUGAACGCAGACUAAAGUUAUCAGAGAAACAGCACCCAGAACUGCAGCAAGUACGAAGACAUGUGAGGGAGUGCUUUGAUAAGAUUGGGUGCUAUCUGAUGCCGCAUCCUGGACUUAGAGUUGCUACAAACCCUACUUUUGAUGGUCGGUUAGAAGAUAUUGAUKAUGAGUUCAAAAAGCAACUAAAAGAGUUGAUUCCUUCACUCUUGGCACCUGAAAACCUUGUAUUAAAAGGUAUUAAUGGYGAAGAAGUGACUUGUAGAGGACUGAUGGAAUACUUCAAGGCUUACAUGAAGAUAUUUCAAGGUGAUGAACUGCCUCAGCCAAAGUCRAUGUUACUGGCCACAGCAGAGGCUAACAAUCUGGCAGCUCUAGCCGCAUCCAAGGAUGCCUACAACAAAGAGAUGGAAACAAUAUGUGGAGGUGACAUGCCUUACAUGGCACCAAAUGAACUGGAAAACAGGCACAACCUUCUACGCAUUUCGGCCCUAGAGCUCUUCCAUAAGACGCGCAAGAUGGGCGGUGAAUCCUUCUGCCAAGAGUACGCCGCACGACUUGARCGAGAAAUUGAAGAAAUUUAUGAAAACUUUGUAAAACAGAACGACAGCAAGAAUAUCUUCAAUGCGGGACGUACACCAGCCAUCCUUAUUACUGUCAUCAUUAUCAGCUAUUUGUUUUCAAGCUUUUUCAAUUCGAUUGGUUUGUCGUCGUUCACACGCAUGUGUAACMUGAYKGUAUKGWUGGGMGUCAUUAUGAUGCUCGUCUGGUUCUAUAUUCGCUUCACUGGAGAGUUUAGGGAGAUUGCGGCGAGACUAGAUCAUCUGGCYGAAUUGAUCUGGGACGAGACUUUCAUACCUCUCUACAAUGUUAUUCUACAACGUGGAGUCCAAGCCGUGACAACUACAGCUACCAACCAGAUGACUUCAAAAAAGAAAAAAUAAACUCACUUUGAUUGACUUCAGUUGUACAAAACUAAAGAUACCAAAUACUGGACAUACCAUACAAUGUAAAUACUUUGUUGCUUGAAAAUUGAAAUACUUAUUAGAAUUAGUAGAAGCCAAUAAUAUGUCGGAAGCCAGUUCAGUGCUGGCCUUACUAGAGACCGGUUUCAGCAAUUCUCAGAGCCGUUCAACUCAGAGGACAAAACAAUGAUUUUUAGUUCUCAUGAGAGUAAGGUUAUGUAUUUUCGUCCUUUGAAUUGGGCUGCAUUGGGAAUAUCCUGUAACGAGUCUAUAGAAAACCAGUUCACUGCAUGGUUGGAUACCAUUUCAGUGUCAGACUUAAAUUUAUCUUACAUUCAGCAAAUAAUCAGACUUGAACAGGUCUUUCGGUUUAAAUAUCAAAAGCCAGGCAAGCUAGCUACUCGUAUGAUUUAAAUGCUCAGCAAAACCUUGAGAGCGAAUGUCUAUGUUUAGUUCUUGUAGGCUCGGUCUAUUUUAUUGCCCGUUAACCUGUUUCAUCAGAUAAUUUGUGAAUAAAAUGUUAUAAUAAAACAGUUAUUAUUUAGUCCUA